AUGAGAGGAUUUUUGGUGGUGUCGGCUGUGAUUUUUGCAGUGGUUUUUGGUGAAAAUGGUGGGUUUUUUGAGGGAUCUACAGUAAUCCGGGACUUUUUGCACCAACAAUUUAAAAAAAAAAAAAAUCUACAGUGAUUAAUUUCUCCCUGAAGCUAAACAAAAUUUCAGGUCCAAAUUUAGCACCAAAAAAUUAUUUUGAAAUUUUCUGAAUUUUUUUCAGCCCUCAAUUAUCUACAGUACUUCUAGCCCAAAAAAAUUCGAAUAAAAAACUUUUUUUGUUCAAGAAAAAUUCACUUUUUCAAAAAUUUCACAUAUUUUUUCGGUGAUUCUGGAUUUCCAGUUUCUUUUUCACAAUUUUCCGGGAAAAAUCCACGUGGCAAACAAUGACUGAAAAUCUGAAACUUUUCAAAAAUUCUGAAAACAUUGUAACUGAAAAACCACAUGGCAAUCAUUUUCCGGAAAAAAAAAACAAAAUUUCAGGAUUUUUCUCAACAAAAAAAAUUUACUGUUUCAAAAAUUUCACAUAUUUUUUCGGGUGAAUUUGGAUUUUCAGUAUUUUUUUUCUAAUUUUUCCGGGAAAAAUCCACGUAAAUGAAAUAUCUGAAAAUCUGAAAUUUUUGAAAAUCCGAUAAAAAUAGUCUCUGAAAAUCCACGUGGCAAACAUUUUUAACAAAAAAAAAUUAAUUUCAGGUUUUUUCUCAACAAAAAAAAAUUCACUGUUUCAAAAUUUUGAUAUAUUUUUUCGGUGAUUCUGGAUUUUCAGUUCUUUUUUUUUCGAAAUUCGGGAAAAAUCCUCGUGGCAAAAAAUGACUAAAAAUCUGGAAUUUUUGAAAAUCCGAUAAAAAUAGUCUCUGAAAAUCCACGUGGCAAACAUUUUUCAAAAAAAAAAUCAAAAAAUCUGGAUUUUUUCAAAUAAAAAAUUCACUGUUUCAAAAUUUCCAUAUAUUUUUGGUUGAAUUUGAAUUUUCAGUGGGCUUCUGAUAAAAACACAAAUUGUUCUGAAAAAAUUGUCCUCGAGAACUACACAAAGAAUUUGAACUCUUCAUAAAAUUUGCCACGUCAUAGUUCACUUCUAAAGAAAAUCUGUUUGUUAAUCAAAUUUUUUACACAAAAAAACGUCUAGCCAAAUCAAAUUUCUUAUCAAUCACAAGUUCAAGAACGCGAAGCUUACAAAAAACCCAUGAAAACUGAUUUUUACACCGCAAAAUUGAUUGUUUAAUUAAUUAGCUGAUUAAUUAUUGAUGUUUGGUGGAAAACUGGGGGAAUUUCAGAGAUUUUAAGCUGAAACUUUAUGAAUUUAAGGGUUUUAGAGCUCAAAAAACUGGAUUUUCAGGCUGAAAUUCGUGAUUUUCAGCAAUUUUAACCCUGAAAAUUGCAAUUUUCAGCCCAAAAACCACAGGAAUUCAGCUAUCAAAUUAGCCUAACUCACUUUUUUUGCGAACAUAGAUCAAGGUCAAAUAUUUUAGUGUAUGUAUAAUGAAAGAGAAUUUAUUUAUGAUGGAUUUCUUUUUCAUUUUUUGAGGUAAAAAGUGAGAAGUGGAACUUAGUGUGUAAUUCUCGAGGACAAUAGAAGAAUAUUGGAGGCUAGAAAUAUAGUUUAUCAGAAUAUUUUCAGACAAAAAAAUUCUGAAAUUCAAAUUUUCAAAUUCAGAGUUUUUUUGAUUAAAAAAAUUCACUGUUUCAAAAUAAUCACAUAUUUUCUGAGCUAUUUUUGGUUUUCAAUAGGAUAAAACAAAACUAACUAUAGAAUUACUGAGAAAAUCCACGUGGCAAAAUUAAUUAGAAAAAGUCAAAUUUUUUGACUUUAAAAAAAAUUCACUGUUUCAAAAUUUUCAUAUUAAAAUUUGAAACAGUGAAAAAAUGCUUGAAUCGGGGUAAUAUGAUUUAUUCAAAAACAAAAUCGAAAUGAAAUUUACUGUAAAGUUCUCGCAUUCAGAACUGAUGUGAGAUUCAGGAUUCUAUCAGAAACUUCUGGCAGAAAUUUAAGAUCCAAUGGCUUUUCCUGAAAAUCCACGUGGAUUUUUUUGUGUUCAAAAAAAUUCACUGUUUCAAAAUUUUCAUAUAAAAAUUUUGAAAAAUUCAGAAAAUCGCUCGAUAUUUAUUUCUCUUUCAAAAAAUUCACUGUUUCAAAAUUUUCCUAUAAACUUUUCAUUUAAAAAUUUGAAACAGUGCGAAUCUCGGAUUUUAUAACCUUAAAUUAUCACAAAAUAAACAUUUUUCACUCUAAAAGAGUUCUCUGAACUCAAAUUCAGGAUUAUCUAGAAAUCUGAUAAUCCACGUGAAAUUUUUUUUCCAAAAAAAAAUUCACUGUUUCAAAAUUUUCAUAUAAAAUUUUGAAAAUUGAGAAAAUUGCUUGAUCUUCAUGUUUCUCCACAAUAAAAAAAAACCUUAUAAAUUCUAUCAAGACAAAAAUCCCAUCCCAAUCCUUCCAGCCAACACCUCCACCAGCACAGUCUCCACCGAACCUCUGCGUCGCAUCAAACCUCGUCGCUUCCAAAUCGACCUCCCCUCAGUUCUCCUUUCCGAUCCCUACGACGGCUCCCGCCCAAAACGUCAAUUCUCCCAAUUCUCACAGUAUCCCACCUACCAACAGCCACCGUACACCUAUCAAAAUGUGGCGCAACAACCGCAAUAUUUUGUGGCACAACCUGCGCCCUACCGUCCACCACCGCCACGUCAGAUUCCACGUCAGCAAUACCAGCAACGUCCCAACAUUGUCUCUCAACAAUAUGUUCGAGCUCCAGCACCGGCUCCGGUGGUCCCCAGAAUCCAGCCAAGGCCGUUUAUCCCACCGCCACAAGUUAUCGUAACUCCACCACACGCCAGAAUCCCGCCAGCAUAUUUGACCACACCGCCAAUUCGACAUCUUGUGGUGAGUUUACAGGGUGACUUAGGGUAACUUAGAGGCUCUAGAGUACCUUAGGGUACUUUAAGACGGUUGGAAGAGGUUUUCAGAAGCUUAAGGGUAGUUUAAGAACUUUUAGGAUAGCUUAAGAUGACUUAGAGACUUUAGGGCACGGUAAGUACAGUAAUCUAGGACUACUGUAGAGUUUGCAGUCCAAAAAUAACUACUUUAAAAUACCGUAAACUACUCUUCAAAACCCUUUAAGUUCUCUAACAACCUUAAAACCUCCCUAACACUUUCUAAGAGUUUUUAAGAUUGUUACAGAACUUAAAGAGUAGUUUACGGUAUUUCACAGUAUUUUAAAAUUGCUUACAGUAGCUCUACAGUAAUCCUAGGUGUACUGUAAGUAUCCAAACUUCCAGACCAACGCUCCGCCACGUCACAUCGGCUACGUCACCAACACCCAUCCUCCAAAAUACAUUGAGCCAGUUGUGGUGACUGAGGAGCCAUGGGUGGCUGAGAUCUCCUCGACCACUCCAGAAUACAUCGCGCCACGUGUCACCGUCACCAAUCCACCAUACAUUGCUCCAAUAGUUACCACAACUCCGGAAUACAUUGCGCCACGUGUCACCGUCACAAAUCCACCAUACAUUGCUCCAAUAGUUACCACAACUCCAGAAUACAUAGCUCCACGUGUCACCGUCACAAACCCACCAUACAUCGCGCCACGUGUUACCAAUCCACCAAGAAUCGAGACAACCACUACAGAAUAUGUUGAGGAAGUUAUCACAACUACACCAUACAUCGCGCCAACCACAACCACAACCACUACAGUAAGCCCAGUUGAUUCAUACGUGUCAGAGAGUGUGUCUAACCCAGCUUCCGAAGUGUCGAGAACUAAUACAGGUUAUACUAACCCGCCUGUAAUUAACCAGGGUACCGUGGGAUCUGAAGAUCCAUAUAACCCAGAAGUUGUGACAACUACAGUUCGACCUGUAACCCAAGGAUAUACCUUCUCAACAUCUACAGUGAGACCUGUAGACCCAUAUGUCCCACCUGCAGAGCCCAGAAGUUAUCCAGGCCCCGAUCUAACAUCUACAGUGGGGCCUGUGAGCCCAGCAGAUCCUUAUGUACCUCCUGCAGAGCCUCCAGCUUCAUCUACAACACUUCAACCUGUGACUCAAGGAUCUACCCAACCUUCAACACCUGGUUAUACCCAACCUCUAAUCCCCGCAGAGCCUUAUCUACCUCCUGCAGAACCUGAGGCCCCAAGAUCCUACCCAGCUACACCCCAGCCGAUAACACAGAUCUACACACAACCGCCAACUUCAGGAUACACUUAUUCAUCAGUGCCUACGGUAUCAACAUCUACAUUACCUCCUGCAGUUCCGGUCGACCCUUAUGUACCCCCUGCAGAGCCUGUAGCUCCAGAGCUCCCGAGAAGUUUUCCAGCUCCAACAUCUACAGUCCGACCUGUGAUCUCAUCGGAUCCAUAUCUCCCACCUGCUGAACCUAUAGCUCCAGAGCUCCCUCGAAGUUUUCCAGCUCCAACAUCUACAUUACCUCCUGCAGUUCCGGUCGACCCUUAUGUACCCCCUGCAGAGCCUGUAUCUCCAGAGGUCCCGAGAAGCUACCCUGGUCCAGCACCGCCUGCUUCAACAUCUACAGUGAUCCCAGAUCUGCCCCCAAUCGACACCUACAACGAGCAGCCCUCCCUGGAACUCCCGCAAAAUCACCCGGCCCCUCCCGCUUCCCAGAGCUAUGCUAACCCGCCGCCAACACUAACACCGCCACCCGGAACAUCUUACCAACAAUCUCAGACAUCUACACCGCCACCAACAACAUCAAGAAGCUUCCCAUCAGCUGCGCCACCUGUCACCACCCAAAACAUCGUGCAGACCACCACAACCCAGCAGACAUGGUAAGCUCCUCAUAAAACUAUAGUCUAGUGACUAUACUCUAGUCCCUCGUGACUAGAGUCUAGUCCCUCGUGACUAUAGUCUAGUCUCUCGAAACUAUAGUCUAGUCUUGCAGGAUUCCGGAAGAUCCAUCGCCAGCCGAUCCGUAUUUCCCAGCCGAGGCUGUGCACACACCGGUAAGCGGCUCUAACUUAGGCUUGGUUAGGCUGGGCUUAAGCCGGGCCUAGGCUUGGUCAGGCUGAGCUUAGGCUUAGGCUUGGUUUAGGCUGGACAAAAGCUGAGCCCAGACUGGGCUUAGGCCGUGCCUAUAUACGCUUAUGUGUAGUGUGAUGGACUAACCUCAUUCAAGGGGGAUAUACUGUAGAUCAAAACUACAGUACCUCAGCCUACAGUAACCCAAUUUGUGUUUCAGAAAUUCGACGAAAGUUUUGUCGGUCAAUAUUAUUAUGGAAAACGAGGUGAAGGCAACACGACCUUCCCGCUUCCUUCGUGUUUUUAUAAUCCAAGUGGUGAGUACGGUAGUUCAGGGGGUACUGUAGGUAGCUACAGUAUUCUAGGAGGUACUGUAGGUGGCUUCAGUGAAGCAGUAGGCACGACUACUUGUUAGAGAGAUUCUCAAGGGUUGAACGCUUGUCAGAGUGGUUCACAAGGCGUGGCUGCUUGUCAUGAAAGCUCUCGAGGCGCAGCUGCUUGUCAGAGUGGUUUUCUAGGCGGUGCUGCUUGUCAUACAUGGUGUUAAGGCGUGGCUACUUGCCUUACAUGAUCUCAAGGCGCAGCUACUUGUCAUAAGAGCUCUCAAGGAUUGAACGCUUGUCAGAGUAGAUCUCUAGGCGCGGCUACUUGUCAUAAGAGCUCUCAAGGCGCUGCUACUUGUGAUACAUGCUCUCAAGGGUUGAACGCUUGUUAGAGUGGUUUUAUAGGCGCUGCUACUUGUCAUAGAUGCUCUCAAGGCGCGGCUGCUUGUCAUACAUGCUCUCAAGGGUUGAACGCUUGUUAGAGUGGUUUUAUAGGCGCUGCUACUUGUCAUAGAUGCUCUCAAGGCGCGGCUGCUUGUCAUACAUGCUCUCAAGGCGUGGCUGCUUGUUAUAGGGAUGCUCAAGGCUCGGCUGCUUGACAUGUAAGUCUUCAAAGCGCAACUGCUUGACAUACAUGCUCUCAAGGCGCAGGGCCUUGUCAUUAAAGUUGUGAAGGCUCGGCUACUUGGCAUAUGUGCUCUCAAGGCGCUUCUGCUUGACAUGGAAGUUUUCAAGGCGCGGCUGCUUGUCAUAAGAGCUCUCAAGGGGUGGCUGCUUGAAAUAGAAGCUUUCAAGGCGCGGCUGCUUGUCAAAGUGGUUUUAUAGGCGCGGACACUUGCCAUACAUGCUCUCAAGGCGCGGCUACUUGUCAUAGAUGCUCUCAAGGCGCGGCUGCUUGUCAUACAUGCUCUCAAGGCGUGGCUGCUUGUUAUAGGGAUGCUCAAGGCUCGGCUGCUUGACAUGUAAGUCUUCAAAGCGCAACUGCUUGACAUACAUGCUCUCAAGGCGCAGGGCCUUGUCAUUAAAGUUGUGAAGGCUCGGCUACUUGGCAUAUGUGCUCUCAAGGCGCUUCUGCUUGACAUGGAAGUUUUCAAGGCGCGGCUGCUUGUCAUAAGAGCUCUCAAGGGGUGGCUGCUUGAAAUAGAAGCUUUCAAGGCGCGGCUGCUUGUCAAAGUGGUUUUAUAGGCGCGGACACUUGCCAUACAUGCUCUCAAGGCGCGGCUGCUUGUCAUAAGAUCUCUCAAGGCGUGGCUGCUUGAAAUAGAAGCUCUCAAGGCGUGGCUGCUUGUUAUAGAGAUGCUCAAGGCUCUUCUGCUUGACAUGGAAGCUUUCAAGGCGCAACUGCUUGACAUACAUGCUUUCAAGGCGCGGCUGCUUGUCAUAAGAGCUCUCAAGGGGUGCCUGCUUGUCAGAGUAGAUCUCUAGGCGCACCUUCUUGUCAGUAGGUGUUUCAAGGCGUGACUACUACCUACAGAAAUUAUUCCAGAAGUACAGUAGCUACCUACAGUAACCCCAAUCUCUACAGUACCCCAAAACUACCGUAUUCUUUCAGGCUACGUCUGCUGUAGUUUAAUGCUCAAUGAACUAAUGACUGCGUCAUUCGAAGAAACCCGAAAAGGCAAGCAAAGUAAAUGUAACGUGCAAAAAAUAGCAAACGCGCUCCAGGUACACUUUUUUUGGCGGGAAAUUUUCGAAUUCAAAAAAAAAUUUUUGCAGAAACAUUCGGAGAAGAUUUUCGACACCCAAUUUGAAACAGUGGUUUCCUAUGAGGAUUUUAGCCAGAAAAUUCAUUUCAAAAGGGAUUUGGUGUGUAAAAUUGAAGUUGAGGGAAGGUAGGUCAAAAAAUGUUUGGCGCCAAAAUUUUCAAAUAUAUUUUUGGCGCCAAAUUCGAAAAUUUAAAAAUUAUUGCUUUUUCGCGCCAAAAGUUGAAUUUCAAAUUUUUUUCGAAUUUUUAAAUAAUAUUUUUUUAGCGCCAAGGUCGAAAAUUUAAAAAUUAUCGAUUUUUCGCGCCAAAAAUUGAAUAUCAAAUUUUGUUUUGAAUUUUUAAAUACUAUUUUUGGCGCCAAAUUCGAAAAUUUACAAAAAAAAAAUCAAUUUUUCGCGCCAAAAAGUUGAAUUUCAAAUUUUUUUUGAAUUUUUAAAUAAUAUUUUUUGGCGCCAAAUUUGAAAAUUUAAAAAUUAUCGAUUUUUUGCGCCAAAAUCCAAAUUUUCAAAUUUUUUUCGAAUUUUCAAAUGCCACGUGGCAUUAUUAAAAAAAAUUUUGAGAAUUUUUUUUGGCGGGAAAUUUGAAUUUUUCAUGAGAAAAUUUCGUGACUGGAAUUUUUGAGAGGAUUUUUUUGGAUAUACUUUUUUUCGCGCCAAAAUAUUCAUAUUUGGUGUCAAAAAAUCGCAAAUUCAAAAUUUUUUUAUUUUUUUCGAAAAAUUUCAGAUUCAUCCUAGCCUACGCGACUCCAGAAUCCGUCGAAGCUCAAAAAAUCAUCCCUACAGUACCCUCGCAAAAUAUCGUGAAAGAUGAUUCGAUUGGUUUGAAGGAGCAGUUGAGAAAGAGAAUUCAGGAAUCCGAAGAAAUCCGGAGUAUCGUAUCUAAUUAG